AUGUCAGCACGCUCAGAAGCUCAGAGUGCCAAGACGGCACACGUCAACAUGAUGACGGACACCAUCAUCACGAAUCUCCCCGCCGAAAACUUGCGGGUGAUAAUGCGAUCGCUCUUAGCCGCCCACCCAGAUAUCACCUCCACCUUCGAGGCAGAGACGAGAAAUUACAUUCAAGAUGUGGCUGUUGCAGCGGCCCAGGCGCAGCGGCCUGCGAACACCGACAUUACAUGGCUGCAAAAGACGCAAGCGACAAUCCGAUGCAUGCUGGGUUGUGGGCUAUGUUCUCAGAGCAUUCCGUUGAUGAAUGAAGUGGUCGCUCAAGGAGUCAAACUUUUGCUUGAUCCGGAAACAACCAAGGAGGAUAUGCUCAACGCAUUGGCUGCAAUCGACGGUGACAUUGUGCAAAUCAUGACAGCUUUCGAGAAGACGUUACUGGCGUCUUCGCGGACAUAUCUCUUGGACGAUGAGCGCACGCUUGUUACUAGUCUACAUGAAAACCUUGUGGACUGCAGGACCAUCACAGAUGAGAAAUCUCUGGAAUACCCGUAUGGACGAGCGCUCUUCUCAACGUCGAUGCUGCUGGGACUUCCUCUCCCAACGUUCGAUGUUACAACAGGACCCGAUGGUCCGGGAGCGGGUCCUGUUGAGGCCAGUGAGACUUUCGAGAUGAAUGGACGCAGGCUUCCAAGAGUAUUCACAGGGCUUUGGCAAAUGUCUAGUCCUUCUUGGGGCGCCGCGCCGUCAUCUAACAUCAUUGCUCAAUUUUCCAAAUAUCUGGAAGCAGGCAUGUCGGCAUUCGAUAUGGCAGACCAUUACGGAGAUGCUGAAGUCAUUUUUGGCCGAUUCCGAUCGUCAUACCCUUUCAAGAAUGCGACAUUUGCGGCGACCAAAUAUUGUGUUUUCAAUCCGAUGAAAGUAACACGAGCCGCUGUGGAAGCUAAUAUCGCAGAACGAUGCCGGAGGCUGCAAAGUGACAAGAUUGAUUUGCUGCAGUUUCAUUGGCAGUUUUAUAAUGAUCCUCAGUAUCUCGAAGCGUUGCGCUUAUUGGAAGAAGACCCAAGGAUCACUAACUUGGGGCUCUGCAAUUUCGAUACCGAACACCUUGAAGCGGCUAUUGCUCAUGGUAUCAAAGUUCGCACAAACCAGGUGCAGUUUUCCCUGAUCGAUUCUCGACCAAUAGUGAAGAUGGGCAAGAUAUGCGAGAAGAACGAUAUCAAACUCUUGACCUAUGGAACACUGUGCGGUGGAUUUCUUGCCGAAAAGUGGCUCGGAAAGGGGCAACCUGAUCUUUACGACGCAGCAAUCACGCCGAGUCAGCGUAAAUACUAUGCCAUGAUACGGAGCUGGGGAGGCUGGGAACUGUUCCAAGAUCUAUUACGGGUGCUGAAGAAUGUGGCGGCAAAAUAUGGUGUCAGCGUCUCCAACGUGGCGACGCGUUGGGUUCUGGACUUCCCGUACGUCGGGGCGGUUAUCGUCGGGGCUCGCAUGGGCAUCAGCGAGCAUACAGACGAGAACUUGGCUAGUCUAGGAUGGACAUUGCAAGAAGAAGACCGAGAGGCGAUUGAGGAGGUAUUGAAAAAGAGCAGGAGACUGGACAUGUUUGAAGCGAUGGGCGAUUGUGGAGGAGAAUAUCGAUGA